AUGAACAAGGCGCAUGAUUUUUCGAAAUUGAUUCAAAUUUCUGGAAAGUACAACUAUAACUUUGAUUUCUACACCCAAACAAACUAUGUUUACUUAGCAAGUAACCUCGUGGCCGAGGCGAAAGAUAAGGAUACCGGUUUGCCUCUGGCCAUGAAGUUUAAAUGGCAGAGGAUUAGAAAUAGCAGGAUCUAUAAUUUAAAUGCAAUUGCUGGAAACGUUUACCAACUAUCUGCCGAAGAUGUUGGAUGCAAAAUCAGAGUAGAAGCUACUCCACUUGAUGACGAGCUCUAUGUCGGUAAUGCCAUUGCAGAGUUUGGUCCAGUGACAGUUGAACCCAGUGCAAGACAAUCCUUGGAAUACAUUCUCGGUAGCGGCGGUAGUAGGUUCCCUGUAACGAUUUACCAAUGUGAAGAUCGCCAUAAAAUGAUAGAUGAAAGAGAGUUCAGAGAAGGAACUUUAAUAAUUAACUCAAAAAGUAUAAAACUUGAAGAGAAGGUAGACUUCUCAGGUAAAAAGAAGGAGGUAUUUUGUUGUAAAUAUACUAUUGGUCACCCUCGACUUGACAUUACUUCGAACGAUACCAAGAUGCUUUCCAUUGAUUACCAUGAUGAGGAUGAUUUUUAUGGUAGUGAAAAGGGCUUAAAUUUCAGCUUGGACCUCAGAACUCUUUCGAGACAGUCAAGAGAUUUAAUCGCACUUUCCAUCAGAUGUUUUUCUGCAUUGAAUUACUAUAAGAACUCACAGAUAAUAAAUACUUUGAAUAAAGAUGAGAAGGAUUUAGAAGACUCUCCUCUAAAGAAAUCCAAGAAGGAAAAGGACACUGUCACCCAACUUCUCAUGGAAGUAGACUACGUCAAAAGAGAGCUUUAUGAGCAAAUCAGCGUAAACAAAGAACUUGAAGAAGAGAGAAAUAUGGCUAGGAAACAAUUCCUAGACCUCGAAUCUGAAAUGGAACAAACCAUUGAAGGUUACAGAAUUGUUCUCGAAGACCAAGAGCACUCUCCUGAAGAUACCCAAUUUAGAGCAGAAUUCAGGAAUCAGUUAAAGCUUAAUGAGACCUUACAGAAGGAAAAGAACCAGCUUGCUGAAGAGAAUAUGAUCUUACAGGAUGAAAAGAAGACUACCAUCUCAAAACUUGAAGAGAAAGAUGGCCAAAUGGAACAACUUAAGAGCCAACUCAUGGACAUGAAGAAGGAAUAUGAAAAACUCAAAAAAGAGAAAGACAAGUGCAGAAGAGACGCAAAGAAAUUCGCUGAAGAAAUCAGAACUUGAAGAAGGAAAAUAAAGAAACCAAAGCUAAGUUAG